AUGGCUCCUUUGUUAGGAAAAAAGUGUUCGGCGUGUCUCAUGAUUUUGGGUGUAUGGGGCGUAAUUAUGCUUGUUCUUAUGGGCGUGUUCACCCGUGUUAACGCCGUUGCGUUUGUUGAUGACAUCCCUAUUGACAUGAAGGAAUGGGAGAGCACUAAAUUUGCCCCCUCUUACAUUGACGAGAAGUUUGCUAUGGUCUCUACUAACUGCUUCAUCGCCGCCGGUCUUUACCUCCUUGUUCUCGUUUUCGCUUCUGUUCAGUUCCACCUCAACACCCGUCAUGGCUACUCAGCUCAAUGA